AUGUCACCAAAAGCUCCCACGAACCAACGAAAGAAGAGCAACGCGUCAGUUGAAGCGGAUAGGCGACUUGCAAGAGCUCAACAAAUCAUGGACGGAAAUUUGGAACGCCCUGCUCCGGCGGAUUCGAACGUGGUUGAUGGGUUCACAGGAUCAAACACUUCCACAACUCAACAAGAAAGUGCUGUUCUGCAACCUAUGCCGGCAAAACGUGAGGAUAAAAUUGCUGUCCACCCCGAUAGGGCAUCUGCUGAGCCACCUCGUCAAAGACCGCAGCCUGUUGCCGUCGCUCCCGUGCAGCUGAAAAGGUCCGACAGUCAGUCUCCACCUUCAUCAGGGGUGUCCACUCCUCCUUCACCCAAAACCCCCACACCAGCUACCGCCAUGAAUUCUCAAAGUCUCCCCAUACCUGCUAAUGUUGCCGCACCUCAACCGACAUCACGGCCUUCGGUGAUCCCAGUAUCAGCAGUACAUCCUACAGUAUACACGGGAGCAAUAGCUGGGGCCGAGCCCAUCCCCAUUCCGGUGAUGCUUCCAGUGAUACCAACGCUGAUACCAGGCUUGACACUGCCGAUUGGGGGAGUUGACAUGACUGGCGUCUCGCUAGGAGCGUUGGCAGAGUACUAUGGUCAGUUCACAGGAUAUGACGAUUCGAACUUGCCUCCCACUCCAACACCUUCACUUGCCUCCAGCGUUGGCAAUGACCGCGCGCCGAACCUGCUGGAUGUGAAUGCAAGUCCAAUGAGUCGAUCUAGACAACACAGUGACAGUGAACAAAGUGUCGCCAGUGAACUUAGUGCAGCGCCAGACUGGUUGGAUGAGGUCGUCGGUCCAGGUUCGAUUGUUUAUCGGUGCAACCUCAAAUCGUUCCAUCAAAACUGAAA